GGCCGCGCGGUCUCUGGGGCGCUCGGGGCCGGCUCAAGAAAUCCAGUGUGAAAUUGCUGCAAAAGCAGAGAUGAUUAUACAAAGAGUAGUCCUGCAUUCUCGGCCUGGUAAGAAUGGAGUGCCAGUGGCUGAAAACUUCCGACUGGAGCAAAGUACAAUAGCAGAUACAAUCCAAGCGGGACAAGUGCGUGUUAAAACUCUCUAUCUCUCAGUGGACCCCUACAUGCGCUGCCGAAUGAACGAGGACACGGGCUCUGAUUACCUGCAGCCCUGGCGGCUGUCUGAGGUUGCUGACGGUGGAGGUGUUGGGGUUGUGGAGGAGAGCAAGCACGACAACUUUGCUAAAGGAGACUUUGUAACUUCCUUCACUUGGCCCUGGCAGACAGUAGCAAUUCUCGAUGGAAGCUUGCUACAAAAGCUUGUUCCACAGCUUGUAAAUGGACGCCUUUCCUACUUUCUGGGUGCAGCUGGCAUCACAGGGCUGACRGCCCUCUUGGGAAUAAGGGAGAAAGGACACGUGGCCGCGGGUGCAAAUCAGACCAUGGUGGUGAGCGGAGCAGCUGGUGCCUGUGGCUCUUUGGCUGGCCAGAUUGGCCGUCUGGAGGGCUGCUCUAGAGUGGUGGGGAUUGCUGGCACAGACGAAAAGUGCUCCAUUUUGGUUCAAGAAAUGGGAUUUGAUGCUGCUAUCAAUUACAAGAAGGGGGAUGUUGCAAAACAGCUACGUGAACUCUGCCCAGGUGGUGUGGAUGUUUACUUUGACAAUGUUGGUGGAGACAUCAGUGAUACGGUUAUAAGUCAGAUGAAUCAGAACAGCCAUAUCAUCCUGUGUGGACAGAUUUCUCAGUAUAACAAAGAUGUGCCUUAUCCUCCUCCACUGCCUCCUGACACAGAAAAAAUACAGAAAGAAAGGAACAUCACAAGGGAAAGAUUCUUAGUAUUGAAYUACAUGGACAAACAAGAAGCUUGUGUAUUACAGCUCUGCCAGUGGAUCCAAGAGGGUAAAUUGAAGGUCAGAGAGACCGUGGUAGAAGGCUUAGCAAACAUCGGUGCUGCUUUCCAGUCCAUGAUGAACGGAGGCAAUAUCGGAAAACAGAUCGUCUCAGUGUCGAAGUAAAAGUCACUGGUUCGAGGAAAAUAAUUGCAUUCUGUCUCUAAUCAUGGGCAAGUUUUUACUUACACUAAUUUUCAUUUCUUGAAUAAACCAUUAAGUUCUUGUAUGUACUUAAAGCUGAGAUUUUGGGAUGCUAAUACACUAAAUUGAGCUGGAAACAGGAAUGCAGUCAUUUAUACUUGAAAUGAGUAAUACAAUCUUUGACAUGAUUUUGACAGUUGCCACCUACAACACUUGCAAAUGUUUAAUGGGUGUGCUUUGAAAGUUAGAACAUCCCAGUGUUGUCCCAAGCACAGGCUCAUCAUGUGGGUGGUGUGCAAUGGCACUUCACACACUGAGGCAAGGACUUCCUAUUUCUUUAUUGUAUUCUGUGCAAAGUAGGGAAUUAGGGGGCAACCCUCUGAAGUCUGGCUCACUAUCAUCAAAACUUUACACUAUUUAUACAUUUUAGUGAACAUCAGCAUUCGUUGGUUACACUUGACAAAGCUUUUUCAUUUAUCAGUAGUCAAACCCUUAUUUGCUAGUUAUGUCCCUCGUUUUUUAUGCUAAUUAUUCCACAUGUGCAGUUCUUCCCUCCAUUCCAGUUUGGGAUCUGUUUUGAGUAGGUGCUCAGGGGGUUGGUGGUUGUGAUCUCCCCUGCCAGAAUUACCUUUCCACUGGUUGCUGUUCAGUCCUGCUGACUUCACUCCAGGGACUCUCCUCCAGGCACCGCAUUAAUUUUAGGAUUGUGUACCCUUUUCCUUAAAACAAAGGAUUAGCUAUGGCUACAAAUUUCACAAUGCAAUUGCUUAAUCAUAACUGCUUAGCUAUAGCUACUGAUUAGCAACAAAAAAACUGCAAAGUUUGAUUCAAAUCUCGAGGGACUAGAUAUGARCAGGAACAAUUUCCAAUAAAUAAUUUGUAUGCAGCCACAUAGUUUUGGUCAUUACUAAUGUAGAUGUGUACUAUUCCCAUUCUAGAUUGUCUCAGUGCCCAGGAACUUCUCUAGGAAUUUUUAAUUUACUCAUAUAAGUUUUCCCUGCAAGUCCAAUCUGGUUAAUAAUUUUAGAAUAUAACUAUUCUUUUUUUUCCAGAUAAAUUGCAAUAAAAAUUCCAUUUCUAGAGUUCAAAGUCUCUAAUAAAAAAAGGUAUUUUCAUUUUACCAUACAAAGCAUAU